AUGAACAAUUGGAUUGAAGAGGAUAGCGAAGUUGACGAUUUUACCGACGAACAAAGUGGUUCAGAAACAGAAAAUGAUGAAAGUCAAACAUCAGACGCUGAUGAUGAAAUUGAUUUAGAAGAUCUUAAAUUAACCGAAGGUUCCACACGAAAAAGCUCAUAUACUUCAAAGUCCGGGAUGAUCUGGUCUUCAAUUCCGUCUACUUCAACAAAAAUAAAUUCUUUCAGUGAUAAUAUCGAGAAAUCUGGACCGACCAAGCUUACUGAAAAUGUUGCAUCUAUUGAAGACGCAUUCAUUUGUCUUAUGUCGGAAAAAAUCAUGCAGGAAAUUUUAAUUUAUUCAAAUAUGGAAUAUGAUCGAAGCGUCGGAUUAGAUGAAAAAGAAGAAAUAACAAUGAUGGAAUUAAAAGCUUCAAUUGGAAUAUUAUUGCUUGCUGGUUUAUUAGGAAGAUCAAAGGGAAAUUUGCGAUCCUUAUGGAGAACAAGUCCCUUGGAAUCUCCAAUAUUUAAAGCUACGAUUUCAAGAAAUCGUUUUGACAAAAUUAUUUCGUGUCUAAGAUUUGAUGAUAAAAGAACAAGAGAAGAGAGAAAACAAGCAGAUGAAUUUGUGGCAAUUCGUGAAAUUUGGUUAGAUUUUCAAGAUAAAUUAAAAACAUGUUAUACACCAGGACUUGAUCUUACCAUCGACGAACAAUUAUUAGGUUUUCGGGGAAAAUGUCCAUUUCGUCAAUUUAUUCCUAAGAAGCCUGACAAAUACGGAUUAAAGUUCUGGCUAUGUGUUGAUGCAGAGUCGUAUUGUGUAUUGAAUGCUUUUCCUUACAUUGGACGACAACCAGGUCAAGAAAAACAAAAACACAUUGGUGAAAGUGUAGUUUUAGAAUUGCUCAAGCCAUUCUAUGGUUCAAACAGAAACGUUACAAUGGAUAAUUUCUUUACAAGUGUUCCAUUGGCGAAAAAUCUUCAAACGAAGAAUCUUACUCUUAUAGGAACAUUACGAAAAAAUAAACCAGAAAUACCUAUAGAAUUUCUAUCAAAUAAAACUCGUGAAGUUGGUUCUUCGCUUUUUGGUUUUGAAGAUAAUUUAACUUUAGUUUCCUUUGUACCAAAAAAUAAUAAAGCUGUCUUAUAA